CGAUAAUCGCUAAUAAACCGAUACAGAGUUGGAAAUUUCAACACUAAUGUGUGUGAGUCAUAAAGUUUUUUGUACAGAAGUGGAUAGUCAGUUACUCUCUGACUUUACAGUGAUGAGAUAAUGUCAAAAGUGUGUGUGUGUGUGUGUGUGCGUGUGUGUGUGUGGUUUAAAAUCUAAGAUGACUUAGAAAACUUUAUUACUUUUUUUUAUGUGUUUCAAAAAUACUAUAUAAAGAAUUAGCUAGUUCUAAUUUUACUUGUUAUUUCCUUAUAAUUGUUUGGUAAAUUAUGUUUGUUUCAUUUGACCUUUUAACGUUAUCAUUGGUAAAAACAAUGAAAACCAAUUAUAAUAUUUCCUCUUGUGACGAAUGUAAUUACGCUUGUUAUAAUUACAUGCAAAAUCAACCAUUAAAUCAUAAUGUUCCGUUUAACAAUAAGUGUGUUAUUCGUCUUAUAUGUGACGUCAGCUCAGAAUACAUCUAAAUAUGUGGUUCCCAAGGUAACCGUGAAAGCCUUACAACCCAACGGUUUCCGUAUAUAUAUACCAGCCGUGUACCUUACUUUAACAGGUGAUGAUAGGAUUAAAAUGUUCCACAUUGAAGCAAAUUUUUAUUCGCAUAAUGGUACAUUCUAUAAGAGUAUCAGGGAAUUUUCUGUUGAGGAAACAAAUGGGUACUGGAUGUAUGAGGAUCUAGAGACCCCAUUGAGAGUAGGGGACACCGUUGUUUAUUAUAUAUUUGUGGCAUUUAAACGUGGAGUAACCGACAUAUUUCAUUGGCUCCUUAAGGUUCCAGGAUAUACUGGACAAGGUCGAUAUAAAAUAACCGAGAAAGACGUAGUACAUAAAAAAGAUUUAUUGGAACCUUCGCCUGACGUUUACAAUACUUGUAAAAGAACCGCUACCGAAAUUUUUAAAGGCAAAGCUUGCAGUGACAAGACGAUAUUUGAAGAUCACUUUGAUACGUUUAGAAAGGACCUAUGGCAGAUUGAACAGUACAUACCUCAUGAUGAUCCAUACCAUCCCUUUGUAACGUAUCAGAAUAAACCUUCCAAUCCAACCGUUUUUGUCGAAGAUGGAUUACUGGUUAUAAAACCUAGGCUACCGGGAAAUAUUACCGAAUUUUCCGAUGGAUCUUUUCUAUACGAAAAAUCUCACUUGGGAGACGAGUGCACAAAUAAAAUAUGUGCAGACCAACCUGGUAUAUUUUCGGCUGUACUUAGUGGCAAACUUAAAGCUAAAGUGGCUUUUACUUAUGGGAUUGUCGAAAUUCGUGCCAAGAUGCCUAUUGGCGACUGGCUUUAUCCAGAAAUUCAGUUGGAGUCAUUAACGAAAAAAUACGGCAACGCGAAUUACUCCUCUGGUGUUUUGAAAAUUGCCUCAGUAUUCGGAAAUGAAGGAUCAAAUGACACGUAUAAUAACAAAUUUUUAGGGGGAAGUCCCUUAUUGAAUAUUGCAUGUUUAUCGGAUCACAAAACUACAAAAAAGAUAUCGAAUGGAACAUGGUCCGAUGAUUUUCAUAUCUACUCCUUGAAGUGGACACCCGAUGCCAUAGAACAAUAUGUAGAUGGAGAGAUGUGGGAUCGUUUCCGGCCAGGUCGCAGAGGACUUCGAUCUUGGUUGCCCUUAAACUGUCGCAAGAAUUGGUUUGAACUUCUCGGUACAGGGGGCAAGAUGGCUCCAUUUGAUCAUCACUUCUCCUUGACUUUGGGAGUGGCAGUCGGUGGCAUGAUAUUUCCAGAUAACAUCACUGGAACAGUAGGGGUGAAACCAUGGCGCAAUAAAGAAAGAAGAGCGCUACAGAAAUUCUGGAAGGACCUCCCGAAUUGGUACCAAACUUGGACCCAACCUUUAUUAAUAGAUUACGUCAAAAUAAGCGCCCUAUAAAGAAAGAAAGCCUUUUUUACAUACAUUCUCAUGAUUUUUUAAAAUAAAUUUUUUAAAGCGACAA